UGUCGGGUGCUGGUGAGUCAUGUCGGAUGCUGGUGAGUCAGUCAUGUCGGAUGCUGGUGAGUCAGUCAUGUCGGGUGCUGGUGAGUCAUGUCGGGUGCUGGCGAGUCAUGUCGGGUGCUGGUGAGUCAGUCAUGUCGGAUGCUGGUGAGUUCAGAUAUUCAUGAAUCCAUCAAACAGACAAUUUCCAAUAGAAUGCAAAUACAUGUAUACGAAUGACAAAAAUAUUUACAUAAGGAAAAGGUCAGAAGCUAAAUACUUCUUUUCUGGUUGUCAUCAGGCCCAGGAAAAUAUUCUAGCUUGACCUUUAUUUCGCAAGGCUGAACCCUACGAGUUUGUGGAAGCUGGGCACUCAUUGUGCUGUGCUGCGCAUUUACUGUGAAAUGCUUUGCACAUGGCGCAGUUGUGGCUGCUGUUGGCUGUAUCAUCAUCAAAUGGACAAGCAGGAAAGCUGGAGUUCUUCACUAGUUCUCUACCCGCCCCUGGUCGUCACUACAAAUUUCUCUUCCUCCUGCCUACUCCGCUGCCCAGUCACACGUUAACCGUGGCGCCCCUUGCGGUCGCUUUAGCGCAUAGAGGCCAUGAGGUGUACAUGGUGUGCGAGACGCCCGACGUCUACGAUCUGCCUAACGUCACGUGCAUCCACCACGAUGUCGAUAUUAUCAAACCCGAAAUAACGUCAUUCGGAAGUUCAAUUUCUACAUUAAUUCAUCUAACGAAUAUAAGUGCAGCUGUUGCGGAAAAUAUUGACCGAAUCUUCACUUCCCCUCAUGUACAAAAACUGUACAAAAGACGAAAAGAAUUCGACUUCAUAGUUGCGGAAGACGCGGCGGCGCUGGCAAUGUACCCGAUCCUCCAUGAAAUGCCAUUCGCCCUCUUCUCGACCACCUACCUCAACCCAUGUCAGAGCGCCCGCUUCGGCAACGCGCAGAACCCAGCCUACGUCACGAGUGGAGUCUUCCAUUUUCCUCAACCUUUUUCCAUCCUGGAUCGCUUCAAGAACGUUCUCUCCACAGUUGUCAUGUGUUCAAUAUAUCAUUGGAUGACAUAUCAAACUGAAAAAGAGGUCAACAAGCACUUCUCGGAGCUGCCUCCCGUGUCUGAGUUCGAGCGCAACUCCAGUCUUCAUUUCGUGACGGUGAACCACGCCUUGGACGGCCCUUUGCCGCUGCUUCCUAACCAGGUGGCGGUGGGGGGUCUCGUGCUGCGCCCUCUACAACCUUUGCCUAAGGAUAUUGCUGAAUUCCUGGCAGGCGAAGAGCCAGUUAUUUACGUGGGCUUUGGAAUUUCAGUAUUUAACAGCAACUCAAUUUCUGCGGACAAAGAAGAAUUGUUAAUUGCCGCGCUGUCCAAACUCCCUUACAAAGUUAUUCUCAAACUUGCUGGACAAAAACCCAAGAAGAUUGGCAACAUUCUCUUUCACAACGAUGUACCUCAGCAAACAAUUCUAGCUCAUCCGAAUGUUAAAGUUUUUGUGAGUCACUGCGGCUUAGCUGGUACCCAAGAAGCGGUCUACUACGGAGUACCUAUUAUCGCACUACCAGCAAUGUGGGACCAGUUGAAGAUUUCAAAUUUCCUCCAACAAGCUGGUGUGGCCGUUGCACUUUCAUGGGAUACGUUGACGGAAGAAGAUCUUCAGGACGCCAUUGAAGAGGUCAUCCUUAAUCCCAGCUAUCGCAAGAAAAUGGCGGAUAUGUCUCUGAUAUACAGAGACCAGCCAGACACGCCUCUGGACCGAGCUGUCUUUUGGUCAGAGUACAUGGCUCGCCACAAGGGGGCACCCCACCUGCAGUCCCCGGCCAGACGUCUCUCUUGGAUUACUCUCCUGCACGUUGAUCUCAUAGCCAUCACUUUGUUAGCGAUAUGCUCUACAUUUUGGGCAGUGAAAUAUAUUUUAAAGGCAAUCAAACGACGCAAUAGAAACUUAAGUAUUGUUAAUAAGAAAAAGACAUCUUGAAGACCUCGAACCGUUUUCGAUGAACCUACACGAACGUGCGAAAAAAACGUACCUGAUAUUAUUAAUAAAGGGUAUUCAAUUUCUAAGCAUCAGUGGUGGUUACUGAAAUCUCAUCAUAUUUGUUUCUGGCUGUAAAUUAAUUAGAAUGUAAAUCUAAAAACAGAAAUACUCUGUUUUAUCCCUACUUUUUAGGUGCGUGAUAUAUUUGUGAUAGUGAUAUUAUAAUAUAUUGUCACUUAAGCUUGAGAAAGAAACUACUAGCAACAUCACUCAUUAACUGCUGCUUCACUUUAAUUAUUAUUCGUCUUACAACCUCUACUGGAAACAUUACAAUUCUUCAUGAUUAAUUAAAUAUUCAAGAAGAACAUUU